CGUGGAGCCACCGCUUCCGGUUUGAGGCGGCUGCUGUUGCGGGGCGAAACCUCCAGAGCAGUGUUUGGUAAGAUGAGGGCAGAAGGAGGAGCCACAGAUGCCUGCAGCAGAGGUGUUUGCUGAAACUUCGGGCUUGGUUGGCCAAUAUAGCAAUGUGCAAAGACAGGAUGUUCUUGCUUCUUUGGGAAUCUUGAUCACCUCACUCCUUCCAGAAGCAAUCAGCUGAUGUCUUGGCUCACUGUCUGCCUGAGCAAAUGUCCACAACAGCAUGUGACUGGGUGUCCUCAAAUGAGAGGGGUCUCGCCAGGACUAUGGCAACUCAGGAAGCCACUCCAGGAAGCCAAUCAGAGGAGAGCAAUGCUUUGGACCUGCCAUCAGCUUGUGACGUAAGGGAUUACGUGUUGCAGAGACCCAGCCAGGAGGCCAACAGUGAGGCUUUUAGUUCUGAGGAAGCCCUUUCUAUUCCUUGCUCUUCUGAUAUGGAUCCAGGCAGAUCUCUGAGGAAUCAUUCAUUGUCUCGGGGAGAAAAACAUCUUAUCUAAGCAAAACUGUUGGGAGAGACUUCAAAGGACAGCCUCCCUGGUGGAACCAGGACAAAGAGCUGUUUCCUGGAGGCCUUUUUGUCUGAGUCCCUUUCUGAUCUCCAUCCAAAUGCAUUUAGAGGCAGGGAGCACUUGAUUCAGUAGGGAGAGGGUAGAAUUGUUUUUUUGUUUUGUUCUUUUAAAACUUCAGAAAUAGCCACGUGGGCCUGUUGUGUGUCAUAGGGACCUUAGUGUUCCUCUUAUGAAGUAUACUCUGGAUUUAGGUAACAACUUUUCUGUAAGUUUCCCUGACCGAAUUGCCAAAAAGUCUGUUUUUUAAGUUUAAUGAUAAUUCUUUGACAUAGUUAGUGACCAUCUCUGGUUGUAAAGCCAAUCUCCUCCCUGUUUAUUGCCUAAUCCAGGCCUGUAGGUCCACAUAUUCAAAGCUUUGCCACUUACUGGUUGUGUGACUCAGGUCAUACUUCUUAACGCCUCUGAGUUCCAGAAUCAUCUAUCUACAAAAUGGGGAUCAAAAUGCUUGCUUCAUGGAGUAGGUUUAACUCAGGGAACAGUGCAGGGACACAUCAUAGUGUUUGCCAUACAUUGGCGCUCAGUCAAUUGCUAUUACAGUAUUCUGGUGCUAUUAUUAUUGUUGUUGUUGUUAAUAUUAAGAAACCCAAAUAUAUAUUUUUAAAGAGCACGCAGGUACUAAGAAAAUGUGGGCCUUAAUGAAGAUGAAUUCAACAUUGGCAGUAAGUAGCGUGUGUACCUGUCAUUAUCUUUAAGAAUUCUAUGAAAAAAAAAAUACUUUUAAACUCCCUGAUGAUUCUGUUCUGAUUUUCAGGACAUAGUAAUCAGGACCAGUCAGAUUCCUGUUUAAUUUAGUUCCAGAGCAAGAAUUAGAUCAUUUCUUAUCCUUUUUCUUUCUAGGCUCAGAAUCUUAGUUCAUUUAACCUUUCCUCUUCCCCUUCCCAUCCUGCUGCCUCUACAUUACUUUCCAUCCCAAAGAAAGCAACUGUUAUUAAUUUGAAUUGAGUUGACCAUUGAAAUAUUUAUAUUGGAGUAUUUGUUUAAAAUCUAGACAUUUCAUGAAAAAAGAUUCUUUUGGAAGCCCUUAUAAAGGUCUAAACAUGGGAAGGAGCACUCAAAUCCUGAGACAACCGUUUUGCACGGCAUGGGGAGUGGUGGUGCUGCAUUUGACUGUCUAGUUUGAAUUCUGGUUCUGCUUCUUUCUGUGGUUUGGCCUUGGGCAAGUCACUUGGCCUCCAUGUCUUGGUUCCUUCAUUUGUAAAAUGGAGAUAGUAAUGCCUAUCUUGUCAUGGGGCAGCCAUAAUGAGGGUCAAAGUGUAUGAGGUGUAAUGCCUGGCAUGUGGUGGGCUUUGGAAAUCCAGCUCUUCAUGAGUUCAGCGCCUGGGCGCCUCAGCACACCACCAUGCUGACCAGGCUUCAUUUUUUUUUUUUUA